CUUUGUGAUAUGUAAAAAGCAAGGGAGGUAGGACUAUAAAACCUCUGCUGUGUCUCUGUUCAGACACACAGACAACCUCGUUCUCUACUGAGCUUCACUAAACGGAUAUUUAACAGCUAACUUCACAACAUAUCGCCGCUACCACCUCAAAUCUGCUGCUACAGGAUGUGCAAAGGACUAUCAUCACUGCCUGCAAGCUGCUUGGAAAGGGCUAAGGACUUAAAAGCAAGACUGCGAAGCAUUUUGCUGAAAUCCCAUUGGAAUAAAUCCUGCUGCAAAAUGGGGCAAAACAAGCCAACCUUGGAGGAAUGCCUUGGGUGGAAGGAGUCGUUUGAAAAACUCUUGUCAAGUAAAUAUGGACUGUGUGCCUUCACAGCCUUCCUGGUGUCUGAGUUUAGCGAGGAGAACAUUUCCUUCUACUCUGCCUGUGAAGACUACAGAAAUACCAAGUCUCCUGCCAAACUGUCAGCCAAAGCCCAGAAGAUCUACGAUGAAUUCAUCGGCAGUGAUGCUCCACGAGAGAUUAACAUUGACCAUGAAACUCGUGACAUCACCAGAGCCAACAUCCUGGAGCCUUCAACCGAAUCCUUCGACUCGGCCCAGCAUAAGAUCUACAUGCUGAUGGCCAAAGACUGCUACCCUCGCUUCCUCCGCUCUCAAGCCUACAGGGAUUUAGUUUGCCAAGCCACACCCAGCACUAAGGCAACCAAGAAGCCGUGAACUCUCUCCAUUAAACAAUGGAUAAGUUAGUUGAUCACCCCCAAUGGUUGAGAAGGCAAAGCAAGACCGUAGGUUCUACACCAUGAAGCUGACUCUGGUGCAGAAACGUCGGAUUGUCCCAGGAGGGGCCGUGAAUGGCCGUGUUCGGUAGAUGCCCAAAGGUUGAAGAGAAAAACAAAACGGUUGAUCCCUUAAGUGGACUGUUGUGUGAUCACAGAUGAAGUUUGGACGUUACAAUUCAAUGAAUGUAUAACAGACUGAGUGUCAAUCAAGCAGGAAGGAAGGAAGGAAGGAAGAAAGGAAGAAAGGAAGAAAGCACGUUUCUUUGCCACCCGUCUGUGGCUAUGGUGUGCAAUGUUUCUCAGUUAAAGUCUUGCACACACACUUUGUGAACAGACUUGUAAGGUCCUUUAUGAUUUUGUAUUUAUUUUAAUUUAUUUGCCUGAAAUAUAUUUCUUGCUUUUUUACCCAACAGAAUGGAAUACUGUGAUUUAAUUUACAUAAUAUAUUAUUUAUUUUAUUAUAUGGUUGGUUUUUUUUUUACAUACAAGCAACUUGAAUAAAUU